AACAGAGUUAAACGUUUGUGGCAGAGAGGUUACACAUCGAUGGCAACAUCUCUGCUUCUCAGACAUUCCUCAGCUGUCUUCUUCUCUCAGUCUUCCUUCUUCUUCACCAAGAACAACUCUUUUCGUUCCUUCUCUUCCAUCAAAAUGGAAAGAGGUGAAGCAAGUGAAGAAAAAGAUGCAGUGAAGACGACGAAGAAGGUGUUUGUCGCCGGAGCCACUGGACAAACCGGGAAGAGGAUUGUGGAGCAGUUGUUGUCCCGUGGCUUUGCCGUCAAAGCUGGUGUUCGUGAUGUAGAGAAAGCUAAAACAUCUUUCAAAGACGACCCUUCUCUUCAGAUAGUUAGAGCAGACGUGACAGAAGGUCCAGAUAAGCUAGCUGAAGCUAUAGGUGAUGAUUCUCAAGCUGUGAUUUGUGCUACUGGGUUUCGUCCCGGGUUUGAUAUAUUUACUCCUUGGAAAGUCGAUAAUUUCGGAACCGUGAAUCUUGUGGAUGCUUGCCGUAAACAAGGAGUGGAAAAGUUUGUUCUUAUAAGCUCAAUCUUGGUUAAUGGAGCUGCAAUGGGACAGAUACUGAACCCUGCUUACAUCUUCCUCAAUCUCUUUGGACUAACUCUUGUCGCUAAGCUUCAAGCUGAGAAGUAUAUCAGAAGAUCGGGCAUCAACUAUACUAUAGUAAGGCCUGGUGGUCUUAAAAACGAUCCUCCAACCGGAAAUGUAGUCAUGGAGCCAGAGGAUACUCUGUAUGAAGGGAGCAUAUCGAGAGACCUGGUCGCAGAAGUUGCAGUGGAAGCUUUACUUCAAGAGGAAUCAUCUUUCAAGGUUGUGGAGAUAGUUGCUCGUGCUGAAGCUCCAAAACGUUCCUACAAAGAUCUCUUUGCUUCUGUUAAAGGACAUUAACUAGAAUACAAAUCAAUCAGAAUG